AUGGGUAAUGACGGUGGGAGUAUCCCCACCCGGCGUGAGCUGGUCAAAGAAUCCGCCCGUGCCCCAAGUACAGCCCAGCUGAAAGAAACCCAGCGCGAACAUCUAGAGCAUGCCUGGACCAACUGCCCGCUAUCACAGAAACCUCUCUCCCGACCAGUUGUGUCUGACUCCUCAGGGAACCUCUACAAUAAGGAUGCCAUUCUUCAAUUUUUGCUCCCGGGCGGCGAAGUCGAGGGCAUUUGCUCCAAGGCCGACUGCGAGGAAGUCCUGGGUGGGCGCGUGAAGUCGCUGCGCGACGUCGUCGAGGUACACUUCGAGGUGGACACCGAGCGGGCUGGACACCCAUCUGACCGGGCACUUGCCGACCGUCAUGGACGCUCUGAGGGCUGGAUCUGCCCUGCCACGGCCAAGUCCCUGGGUCCGGCGGUCAAGUCGGUCUACUUGGUUCCAUGUGGACAUGCUUUCGCGGAGGAGGCGAUUCGUCAGUUGAAGGGAGACAAGUGCUUGCAGUGCAACGAGCCUUACUCAGAAGACAACAUUAUUACCAUUCUUCCCGUGAAAGAAGAAGAUAAGCAGCGACUAAUCGCUCGUGGUCGAAAGCUUGCCGAGCAAGGCUUGACUCACUCACUCAAGAAAGCGUCUAGCUCAAAGAAGCGAAAGAAGAACGCUACUGCCGAUCUUCCAGAUGCUACCGCGACCGCAUCAUCCACGCCUUCUUCCAAAUCAACACAAGCAACGAACGGCUCGGGUAAUAAAUCUACACCUGGGGAUGGAAUCAAGAACGCUGCCACCGCAAAGUUAACAGCAAAGGUGCUGAGUGAACAGGACGAGAAGCAGAAGCGGCGCAAGAUGAUGGGGCUCGGUGGGACUAUUGAUAGCCUCUACACGAAGGAACAAAAGGACGGGGCAAAACGCAAUGAUUUCAUGACAAGGGGGUUCUCAAUCCCGUCUUCAGCAAAGCGAUAA